AUGUCCGUCCAUGCGACGUCUCCCACAGGACAAAGCAAUGCUUCCGACUCCGUGGACACUGUCGCUGCGACUCCCAGCCGCGAGGCUACCCUCGAAACAUCUCCAAAGAGAGCCACCAAACAGGGAAAAUAUGUGCGACAGGCCAAACGAAGAAGCCGGGGCAAGGAAAACCGUUCUCCCAAUGUCCACGAGGUUUGCUCCGUCAGCGAGGGCGAUGAGAGCUCCCGCCAAAGCACAGGGUCGGAGACAGAUGAGGAAGCCGAAGUAAUCGGCCAGAUCCGAAUGCUGCAAGAUCCCUUGAAAAGACUCCUUUACAUUGGAGAUUCAUCCACCCUCUCUUAUCUGCAGUUAAUACGUAUGAUUGUUUAUAACACUACCGGCCCAUCGGCGUUUACGGACGACCCUAACCGGCAUCAUAUCUUGGAACCCGCUGCAUCAAUCACUCCGAGUUCCAUGGUUCCUUAUAUGCUACCGAAUAGAGAUGUAACGAAUUUCUUAGUUGAGUCUUAUUUUGUGAAUACCAGUGCUCUCAUCGAGCUGUUUGAUCCCAAAGCGUUUUAUCAAUAUCUAGAUGCCUGUUAUGAGACCCCGCUAGAGGUCAAUUCAUCAACGCUUUGUUUAGUUUAUCUUACUUUGGCAAUUGGCCUUGCUCUUGCAACACCCUCCCCGAACAGCCCUGAGGAUCUGAUGAUUAAAAGUUUACAAGAAUCCCCUGAAGAACGAGCGGAAGCUCUUUUCCGGGCCGCCAAAUGCCUAAGCGAUCCUCUCAACGCGGUUGAACAUGCAGAUUUCUGGAUGAUUCAAGCUUGGACGUUGAUGGCCUUUUAUAUGUUGAUUACGUCGAAACGUAAUGCGGCUUAUGCAUACUGUGGAAUGGCCGUUCGCUCUGCAUAUUCUCUGGGUUUGCAUCGAGAUACGGAGGUGAAAUUUAAUGACGAAAUUGCAAGACGGAAUCUCUGGAGAAGCCUUUUUGUGCUGGAUAAAUUCCUAGCCACGGCUCUUGGACGUCCAUCUGCUAUAUUUGAAGAGGAUUGUUCUAGCAAUGCGCUGGAUUUACCGGCAGAUUUGUCGCCCAAAUCAGCUCAAGACGAGGAACAUAUUAGGACAGCCGGCCUUGAUUCAUCCGUCCGAAUCUACAAAUCUAUCAGUACAAUGCUCAGGAAAGUUUAUUCAGAGCGAAAGGUUUCAACGAAACUAGCCCAAGACAUUGUUGAUGACUGCCAGCUAUGGGCUUUUAAUGCACACCCGUCUUUAGCGGCCGAGGAUCUUCUCAACGGCAAGGCACCCAAAGAGAUGGGGAUACCCAUCUUACACGUCCAGUUACUUCAUUAUCACUCCAUACUUCUGCUGAGCAGACCCUUUUUUAUUGACCUUUUAGUAAAGACGCGCCCAACCAUUUCAAAUGAUGGAGAGCCGUUUCAUCGGACGUUCUCGAGGGCAGAAAAGUUUUCUCAAGCAUGUGUGGCUGCAUCAACUCAUUCUGUGAUGCUUAUUCAGGCGGCAUUUGAAGCAGAGUAUUUGCCGCGAUGUAACCCGUUUAUCCUAUAUUUCCUUUUUGCAGCGACCUUGAUUAUAUUAAGUAAUGAGUUUGCUGGUUUAUAUGAGAAUGAACAUUACGCAGAGUCCGUUGGGAGCGCCAUCAAAAUCAUGGACUACUGCGCAACAACGAAUGUUCAAGCUCAGCGAAUGCUCUACAUUUUACAGUCAUUUUUGGCAGAUGUCGGAAAGCAUUCAAAGUCUCCGGCCACAAGCCAGCAAUCUGAGCUCGGUUUGCCGGAUGGCUAUAUUGGUGACCCGGAAGAAGUUUUGCAUACUAGAAGACAGAGCCUCACCGCUCGACGCAACCAGCAGGAACUUUCUACCCCUAUUGAUGGAGGGUCAUCGUCUGAUGUUAUGGAGUACUACUCCCAUAUGGAGACAGAUGCCGGCCAAUCAACUAUUGAUGCUCAGCAUAUGGCCAAUCUGGCGAUGAGAGGAGAGCGCUCAAUGAGCUCUGCUACCAAUCCAGCUGUGCCGAGGCGCUCAAACGUUUAUCGUAGAGCAGAACUGGAGCUCGCAAAGGCUGAUCUCAAUUUUGACGAGUUUGACCACGAUGCCUCCGCUGAGUACCAGCAAGACUUGGAUUCAGACGAAAUGAAGGCUUACUCACAUGGUUAUAGCUCAGUCAUGAUGUCUCACGGAGAACAACCUGCCUUCCAAGUCCACCAUGGCGGUAACUUUAGGGCUUAUACAACUUCCAACAUGUCUUCAGCCGGCAGUCAAGAGGCCAGCGCAGCUCAUUUUGGUGGGCGUUUUUUAUACAAUGAUGAUAAGUGA